AUGUAUCCUUUGUCUCACCUCCAGUCUCUAACACUUGCCAACAAUCUCAAGGCCACCAUUGUUUUGGGUGAUCACACACAAUGGUGGACUUCUGCAUGUGAAUAUAUCGACACUGUCAUUGGGAUCACAUGUUGCAAGGCUUUGUGGAGUUAUGGGGACGAGGGCGUCGGGUAUAACACAUGUAAGGAUGUGUUUGAGUGGCUGGACGCUGUUUAUGCUGAGUGGACUUACAUUCCAUUGGUCUGCUUCACUGGCCACUUUCUGCCCAUCCCUCUCCCCUCUUCCCUUGAUCUUGCCGCCAACUCUGCACAAGCCAACAACGAGUCAGAAUCGGACUCUGAAACUGUCACUGUUGUGUCAAUACCCAUUCCCGAACGUGUCAAAUUGGAGAUGCCCUCAGCACAUCAACAUUCUGUUGGUUGUGCGGCCUCCAACACCGAUCUGAGUCCCACCGCUAUGCGCUCUGAUGCCAAUGCAUCACCAGCUGUGGCUCAGCUUUCAUCCCUUCCUGCCAAAUCGAUGCACACAUCACCAGCACUGUCUGAUGCAUCACCAGUACUGUCCGAUGUGUCAUCAACAUCGUUCAACACAUUGUCCAACAUAUCAGCAACAUCGAAACGUCAUCGUCGUCGCCAAGGCCAGAAGAAGCACCGAUCUGAGCAGUGUUCAACUACAUUCCCUUCCCCCAUCACUCCUAUUCUGUCAUUGCCCACCACAAUUUAA